AUGCUUCCAUUGAUUAUCGGAGAUUUAAUCGAAGCUGACGAUCCUUAUUUUGAAUUGCUUUUAAUAUUAAAUCGAAUAACGGACAUCAUUUUUGCCCCAAUGCAUUAUCCGGUCGUCAUAAGGGAGAAUGGUCCACCGGUGCGAUAUUGGUGUAAUCGAUUUGAAGCGUACCACAAUAUUUGCAAACGAGUGGCUCAUUACAAUUGCAAUUUUGUAAACAUUGAAAAAAGCGUAGCCUUCCAUCUACAGACAGUUUCUUGUGCUGCGAUUUUGAGCAAUAAUAAUUUCCAUUCUGAUGACUUUGUUUUGGGUCCUUGCGAUCAAAGCCGAGGGUCGAGAAUUGUUUUUCAAAAUUUAGAUCACGAAAAAUUUAGCGGCGAUUUUAAAGUUCCCAAAUGGGUUAAAUUCCAGGGUAGGGAGUAUCGCACAGGAUCCGUUAUUUUACUUCAUCCUAGCUACAAAACCGACAGCGGUUAUCCUGAAUUCGGCGAAGACAUUGAUGAAGAAUGCCUUCUUUCGCUGACCGAAAAACAAAUUGAUGGCCUGGGUUUGUCAAUCGGCCACAGCAUCAAAUUUCAAAAACUAGUAAAGAAUCUCAUCGUUGAAAAUACUUCGGAGACAUUUCAAGUCAUUUCCAUUCUGAAGGAGUCGUCAGAAGAUAGAAAAAUUGAAAAAGCGUUCAUGGAGCGCAAUCAUGCGUAUUUAGAAGUAGACGAAAGAAAAACUGUAGUAAGAAUACUGGUAAGCCACAUGUGCAUGCUUUCUGGAAAAGAAGACUUCUAUCCACCUAGCAGCCUCAAAGAAGAACUUGCAAAAGCAAUAGUUAAAGCUUUCCCAUGUUUGGCUGUUCCUUCAUAAUUACCUUCUUCUUUUUAGGUUGAAUGGAUGAAAAUACAUCUACCCGAACAUGGGUCUAACGAAACCACAAUUAAAGAGCAUAUGGCGUCUGCUUACAACUAUAGACAGCAUCAAAUUUCUGCUGGAAAAUGGACCACCACCCAGAUAUUAGAGGAGUAUCCUCGCUUCAGAGAUCAUCCAAAUUUGAUUUUUCGUGAUUUCCUGCUAGCAUUCCCGAAAGCAGAACGCUUUGAAGAGAUCUUGGUUAUGGCAUAUGGACCCUUGAUUACAAAAUGUGCCGCAAGAUCAAACGUACCAAUUCCAGACACUGAUGAUGAAUGCCUCAAACUAUUGGUUCUGGUUUUAAAACUCAUUCCAUCAUUGAAAAAAAUUAGGGUCGUAACCCAAGGUUCUAUCAUUGAGCGGGUUGUUUAUUUCGUCAAGGUAUAUAUAUAGCAAUUUUGAUUAUUUCUUAUAAUUUCAUUCUUUUUAACUAAACAGGCUUAACGAAGAUAUUUUAUCCCUCACUGACA